GCCGUCCUUUCCCCCCAUCUCAUUCUCCAUUUUCACGGCAGCCAGAUUAAACACUUUCACACAUACUCAUUCAUACAUUUACAUCACAUUUUUUGUCUUUCAAACCGAAAUCGGCAGCAGCGAAAUACUUCUAAUGGCAGACACCCCGAAUAAAGAGAAUGUGACUAUGGAGGUCGAGUUGACCCCGGAACAGAAGCAGGCUGAGGAGCGCAGAAUUCUUGUCGAAGAUCUUAAUCGCAAUGUCAAGUUUUUGGAGCGGGGAAUUACUGCAUCAGAGGUCCACUACAUUCACCGCGCACUGCGCACCGUGUCUGCGCUUCGGAAGCGCCUUCAGCCAGAGGUCCUCGCCGAGAUUAUUGCCGCGCAUACGUCGCCUGUCAACCAGCAGAUUGUAGCCGACUGCCUAAAGUCUAUUCUGGAGUCUCUGGGGCAGCGCCCAGCAGAAAACCCUGCCGCCAGAUCGUGCGAGCCCGAGGUGUGCCUGUUCUUUGGGCUGUUGGCCCAGCUGCACUUGCUAGACAGCAAGGCGUAUGAGCGUGGAGCGCAGCUGUCAAAUGUGUUGGUGGCCAUGAUGUCGAGCACACAGAGACGGACGCUUGAUUCAGUCGUGUCGCGCGUGUUUUUCUACUACUCGCGGUUCUUUGAGGUGGCAGACUGUCUGUCCGAUGCUCGCCCAACGCUCCUGGGAGCCCUGCAAACGGCCACCCUGACAAAUAUGAAGGAGACCAAGGCCAUGCUGUUGACCCUCCUGCUGCGCAACUACCUCCACUACAAGCUGUACGACCAGGCAGAGAGACUGGCCGCCAAGUCGACUUUCCCAAGCGAGGCGCCGAACAACCUGCUUGCACGCUACCUCUACUACAUGGGCCGCAUCGAGGCGAUCCAGCUUAACUAUUCCCAGGCGCAGCUGCAUCUUUUGGAAGCCACGCGCAAGGCGCCGUCGAACAGCACCACGGCCGGCUUCCAGCAGACGGUCCACAAGGUCUAUGUGAUCGUCGAGCUGCUGAUGGGCAACAUCCCCGAGCGCUCGCUGUUCCGCACGCCCGUGCUCAAAAAGCCCCUGCAGCCCUACCUCGAGCUGACUCAGGCCGUGCGCAUUGGAGAUUUGAGCCAGUUCCAAGACGUCGUGCAGCGCUACCAGGACAAGUUUCUGCAGGACCAGAUGUUGGUUCUCAUCCAGCGCCUACGGCACAACGUCAUCAAGGCGGGCAUUCGCAGCAUCAGCAUUGCGUACUCACGCAUCUCGCUGCGCGACAUCUGCCUCAAGCUCCACCUGGACAGCGAGGAGGAUGCCGAGUAUAUUGUCGCAAAGGCCAUCCGCGAUGGCGUCGUUGAUGCCACAAUCAACCACGAGAAGGGGUUUGUCAAGAGCGCCGAGGUGCACAAUGUGUAUGGCACGAGCGAUCCCCAGCAGGCCUUUGACAAGCGAAUUACAUUCUGCCUCAACCUCUACAACGAGUCUGUCAAGUCGAUGCGCUACCCGGGCGGCGACCACCGCAAGGAGCUGGCAUACGCUGACGAAGGGAUCAAGCGUGAGCGCGAGUUGGCCCAGGAGCUAGAAAAUGAGGAUUAUGAUGAUGAGUCGGACAUGGAUGCCAUGGACGAGGACCUCUAAGCAGACACCUUUUUUAUUGGGUUUUCCGCCUUGCGCAACACGAGCGCACACAUAUUUUUCUUUUUCUUUCUCAGUCGUCUAUUCAAACUCGUGGCAACAUUCAACACUUG